AUACAUCUAUAAAUGUGUUGUCGAUCUGCAGAGUCCUGGGCAUCAUAUGUCGAUGGAGUUGCCUGAUUUUGUCCUAUUAGCAGUCAGUACCCUAGGCUUCAUAACUAUCUUUAAAACCCUUGUCAGUGUCGUGAAAUGGGUGUGGAUCAUGUUCUUGAGACCACCAAGGAAUCUGAAAGACUAUGGCUCAUGGGCUGUCGUCACCGGCUCUACCGAUGGAAUUGGCAAAGCCCUGGCUUUUGAGUUGGCUUCAAAGGGUCUUAACCUCGUACUAGUGGGUCGAAACCCUUUGAAACUCGAAGCUGUAUUGAGGGAGGUAAGGGAGAGACAUGGUCAACAGGUUGAGGUUAAAACUAUUGUCAUUGACCUAGAUAAGGUUGAAGGAGAGGAGAUAGCUAGGACUAUGGAGAAAGAAAUCGAGGGUUUAGAUGUUGGAGUUUUGAUUAAUAACGCUGGCUUGUCGUAUCCAUAUGCCAAAUUCUUUCAUGAGGUCGAUGUAGAGUUGGUGAAAAGUAUUAUAAAAGUGAAUGUGGAAGGGGCAACCUGGAUCUCAAGGGCAGUGCUUCCAGGCAUGUUAAAGAAGAAAAAAGGGGCUAUUGUCAACAUUGGUUCGGGUUCUUCCGUCGCUGUUUCUUCCUACCCUUUACAUGCCAUUUAUGUUGCUACCAAAGCGUACGUAGCCAUGUUCUCAAAAUGUAUCAGCUUGGAAUACCGGAAACGAGGAAUUGAUAUCCAGUGCCAGAUUCCAUUACUCGUGGCAACAAAGAUGACAUCCAUAAAGAGGCCCUCCUUCUUUGUUCCAUCACCAGAGAUGUUCAGCAGAGUAAGCAUUAGGUGGAUUGGUUAUGAACAUAUAUGUGUGCCCUAUUGGACACAUUCUGUGCAGUGGUGCCUAACAAAUGCAUUGCCAGAUGCAUUGUUGGAUUGGUGUCUCCUCUGGUACUUUCUUGGUGUACGAAGGAGAGGCCUAGUGAAGGAUAUGGAGGCUACUGAAAAGAAGGAGAAAAACCCAUGAUUUAAAUUAAAUGUUCCAUGGUUCUUCAAAUUGCCAUUUGAACAAUUGCUGUAUCCAUUAUAAAGCAGAUGUCAAAUGGUUCCUGCAUGUCCUUCUGAAUACUCAACUUUCUAUUGCCUGUUUUUGACA